CUUGUUAUUGGAAGCAUACGUAUUUACAACAAUGAAUUGAACGUGUAAACCCGAUUAAGUGUUUCUGUUCAUGAGUUUAGCUAGCCAACGUCACCAUGACAUCGUCUACUACAAGAGUGAUCGGGUAUUUCUAUUGGAGAAGCAGUUUCUGCCAAACUUCAUACUGCACUGUCUUUGGUCCAAUGUUCCAUCCAUUCAUCGUUUGUUUCUUUCCUGAAUGUGCGUCUCAGUUGUAAUAUUUUGAUCAUUGGGCUGUCAGUGAUUGGUCGUAUAUUGAAAAUUGGGCGGUUCUCUAGUUCAUCCAAGGCGUGGCAUUAACAACGCGGGAACUGGCGGGUUCUGUUACUUUUGUUUCGAGUCGAACGUGUUGCAACCCGCUUAACUGAUUCCUUUUAUUUAUCGUGUGAUAAUCCUGAUGGGCUCCCGCUCCAAGUUGUUCCUGGCGAAACACGUUGGCGGCAACGUUACAAAGUUGCAGAUUUAUUCACAAAAGUUUAGUUAGUUCGCAUUCUAACGUUAGCUUGAAUUUGAGGCAGCUACUGCUGUUAGCUAACGUUUUUCUUUGUUUUAAAAAAUACAGCGGUUUGUAUUAGAUGAUAGCUCUCUAGCUAGCUAACCAAAACAGAACUUGUGUGACAUGGAAUCAUUUCAGAAAGUGGAAAAGAUUGGCGAAGGGACGUACGGAGUGGUGUACAAGGCAAAGAACAAAGUCACUGGAGAGACCGUUGCCCUCAAGAAAAUCAGACUAGACACGGAAACAGAGGGUGUACCAAGCACUGCCAUCCGAGAGAUAUCACUCCUCAAAGAGCUCAGCCACCCAAAUAUUGUUGAGCUCCGUGAUGUCAUCCACACAGAGAACAAACUGUACCUGGUUUUUGAGUUCCUACAUCAGGACCUCAAGAAGUUCAUGGACUCCUCCUCUGUCUCUGGUAUCGCUUUGCCACUUGUCAAGAGUUACCUGUUCCAGCUGCUACAGGGCCUGGCCUUCUGUCACUCCCACAGGGUUCUCCAUCGGGAUCUGAAGCCCCAGAACCUGCUCAUCAAUGCCCAGGGGGAGAUCAAGCUUGCUGACUUCGGCCUGGCUAGGGCCUUCGGUGUGCCUGUCCGCACCUACACUCAUGAGGUGGUAACUCUAUGGUACCGAGCUCCAGAAAUUCUCUUGGGCUGCAAAUACUACUCUACAGCUGUUGACAUCUGGAGUUUGGGUUGCAUCUUUGCUGAAAUGAUCACUAGGAGGGCCUUGUUUCCAGGUGACUCCGAGAUCGAUCAGCUGUUCCGAAUCUUCCGUACCCUGGGUACUCCGGAUGAGGCGGCCUGGCCAGGAGUCACCUCCAUGCCCGACUACAAGCCCUCCUUCCCAAAGUGGGCCCGGCAGGAGCUGUCCAAAGUGGUGCCCCCUCUGGAUGACGACGGGAGAGAGCUUCUUGGGCAAAUGCUGGCCUAUGACCCAAACAAGAGGAUAUCUGCAAAAAAUGCCCUUGUCCAUCGGUUCUUCCGUGACGUCACCAUGCCAAUGCCACACCUACGACUCUGAGACUUGCAGACUGACAGGGACAAUACAUAGCGCAGGGUCUUUCCAUGAGAGACCUCUGAGUAUAAGGACUGCCCCAGCUCUUAUCCACACCUGAAUAGUACAGUCCAGAAGAUGGGAGAGAUCACAGGGAAAUAUGGGUGCCAUUCCAAAAAUCAUUCCAGCAGCUAAAACCAGCGUUUUAUAAAUUAGAUGUCCUGUGAGGUUUUUCUUUUUUCUUUACAGCUAUGAGUGCUUGUUAUGGAGUGGAGAAUGGAUUGGAAAAUUCCAGUUGUUUCAGCAUUCGAUUUGUAUUGAAAGGGUUGUGUUUAGAUUUUAUCAAACUUGUUAUGCCAAUUUUAUAAAUGUUUAAUGAUUAUACAUAAAGAUAAACUUGUUCCAAAUCUUC